AUGGGCAAUGCGGUGCCUCUGUUCCGCAUCAUCCGCCGAGGGAAUAGGAGUGGCGACCAUGACGGCCACUCAGGAUUGUUGGCGCGAGAGCCGCGGGGCGCAUUGGGGUGGGCUAGAGUUUUUCUAGUGAUGUUGUCGGGUACUCUUCUCCUCUGCCUUGUGGCGUUUUGCUCUUACCGCGAUGGCCCCUCCGGACCCAUCAUCCGAAUGCUGCCCUCAGAGCACCCUCCACAAGCCGGUCUCACUGAGCUGGCGAACGGCACGCGUUUCUGGCUCCGUGGCUCGUGGGGCCGCAUCGUGAGCGUCACCGACGGUUGCAGGGCACAUCCCCGCUUCGAGAGUUUUGCGUUGGCCUGCAAAAGCGCCUCGGGCAAACUGACUUCGCUGGUGGUGAUGCUGGAGUUGAUGCCGCUCUUGGUAAUACACGGGGUGCACUGCAAAGAGUGUCACUUGCCGUUUUCUGGGCAGGUGGAGGUUGAGAAAACUCCCGCUGCAGAUCUCAAACAGACGGAGGCGCUCUCGCCUCGCGUGGUGCAAAAUGCCAAGGUAACGCUUCCACCCCUACCACAGUCGUGCCGGCGGUUUAGACGCGAUGAAAAAGAUGAAUGGGGUUUUGGUAUACAAGGACUGCUGCCGUCCGACUGCAUGGUUCGCUUCGACCUUUUGGUUUCCCUUUCGAGCCACGCGACGGAGGUCGCAAAGGCCGUGCCGCCGAUAUGUUUUGCAGCUAUUGGAGACUGGGGAGGUGCCACACCGAACCAGGGCUUCGUCAUCAAACAUCUUCAGCGGUUGAUGCGGCGGCAUUGGGUUAAAUUUUUGGUUUCCACCGGCGAUAAUUUUUAUCCGUCCGGGGUUAGCUCUGUUCGAGACCAGGCUUGGUCCACGACGUUUGAGAAGCCGUUUUCAGAUGUGGCGUUUCAGGCAGUGCCGUUUCUCAUCUCUGUCGGAAACCAUGAUUUGCGGGGGAAGCUCUCCGCACAGAUAGGCUACGGGAAGAGAAGUGCCCGCUGGUACUUUCCGGCGUCGCACUACGGCGCCAGCAUUCCCCUCGUCCAGGCCUGUUCCGAUGUCACGGCAGGUGGUGCGACGGCAGUGUUGGUAAACGAUACGACCGAGUCAUGUGCCGCGGAUUUGUUGGAUAUGUAUGUGCUGAAUAGUUACGCAGACGGCUCUUGGCAGCAGCAGGUGGCUGACGGCACCGAUUUUUUUUCGCGUCGUCUGCGCGGGAGAAAUCAUCGCUGGAGGCUGGUGGUGAACCAUGAAACGGUGUUUUCAGGUAGUAUGCAUGGGAUGCAUUUGGCCCGGAACCGUCCCUUCCGCAGGCGUGCACUGCCUUUUCUUGCUAAGCAUGAAAUACACAUGUAUCUUAACGGGGAUGAUCAUCUGUUGGAGGUACACCGCUAUGAAGAGACGGAUUUUAUCACCUCAGGCGCCGGCGGUGGUGCGCUGCUCUACGCGAGCUUCGCCAGAUUGCCUACAACGUUGUGGCGACCGGAGAAAAUCCCUGGCACGGACGGAAAUGGUGAGAAAUUUGUGCUUGGGUUCACGUUGCACUGCACUGUACCCUUUUCAGAUGUUCUCUUGACCACGUUGUACAACGUCAAUGAAACGCACGCGGAGAUUCUGUACAACCACACGACCUGUUAUGGCCGAAGUUGUUUCAUUAACUAA